GAAGAGCUCACAUACGGGCAGGUCGGUGUGUGUGUGUGUUCACUUACCCAGAUUGUGUCCUGGAGACAGAUAGGAAAGGAUUUCGUCCAGCCGCUGGGUCUCCCAACACGGAUAUGGACGUCCCGGAUUCUCCUCACGGGAAAAUGGGGCUGCUGAGAACCUUUGAUUGCUCUGAGUUUGGCAGCUGGGAGAAAAUAGGCUCAGGUGGAUUUGGACAAGUAUACAAAGUCCGGCACGUACAGUGGAAAACAUGGCUGGCUAUCAAGUGCCCUCCCUGCCUUCAUAUGGAUGACAAGGAGCGCUCCGAGCUGCUGGAGGAGGCUAAGAAGAUGGAAGCAGCCAAGUUCAGAUACAUCCUGCCCGUGUACGGGAUCUGUGAGGACCCUCAGGGCCUGGUCAUGGAGUACAUGGAGACCGGCUCCCUGGAGACCCUGCUGGCCACAGAAAUGCUGCCCUGGGAGCUCCGCUUCCGCAUCAUCCACGAGACCGCCGUGGGGAUGAACUUCCUGCACUGCAUGAACCCUCCGCUGCUCCACCUGGACCUGAAGCCCGCCAACAUCCUGCUGGACGCUCACUACCAUGUCAAGAUUUCAGAUUUUGGCCUGGCCCGCUGGAAUGGUCUGUCACGGGCUGAUGACAUCAGCAGAGACGGCUUCUGUGGCACCAUCGCCUACCUGCCGCCUGAGAGCAUCAUCCAGAAGGACCGAGUGUCAGACACCAAGCAUGACGUCUACAGUUUCUCCAUUGUAAUCUGGGGGAUCCUGACGCAGAAGAAACCGUACCAAGGAGAGAAUAACAUCCUUCAGAUCAUGGUGAAGGUGGUGAAGGGGGUCCGUCCAGACCUGGGUGCAGUGCCUCGCUCUAGACCGUCAGCCUGUACAGGCUUCCUGAGUCUCAUGAUGCGCUGCUGGGCCACAAAACCUGAUGCCAGACCCAGCUUCCAGGAAAUCACGUCUGAAGCUGAGGAACUGUGCUCUAAACCUCAAGAGGAGCCCAAGACGCCAACUUUAUCCACAUCUGAGCCCGAGCCAAUGUCCCCCAAAGCACUCACUAGUGACCAGGUUAAAGACAACAAGCCCGUGCGUCCAAAGUCAGCCAUGUUGCCAGAUAAAGACUGCAGCCUGUCUGAGCUGCUGAGCCAGGUGGAUUCUGGGAUUUCCAGGAGUUUUGAUCGAGUGAAAGAGGAGAGCUGCCACAGCAAAGAGAACACCUGCAAGCGACUGUCGGGCAUCUCUUCAGCCGACUCCGCCUUCUCCUCCCAAGACUCCAUCACUCUGUCGUUUGAGAAAGAAAACACAUGUGAUUCUGCUGAGGUCCAGAAGAGAAAACUGUGUGAGGCCAUCAGAAUCAAAGACACCGCCAAGCUAAUGAAGAUCCUCCAGCCUCAGGAUGUCGAUCUCCUUCUCGACGGCGGAGGUAGCCUGCUCCAUCACGCCAUCACCAUGACCAAUGAAGAGGCUGUCAAGUUCCUCCUCCUGAACAACGCCAAUCCCAACCUUGCCAACACCCGUGGCUCCACCCCUCUGCACCUGGCCACGGAGCGGCACCUGAAGCCGCUGGCAGAACUCCUGCUGGGCCGCCGCAGCACCAACGUCAACGCCAAGGACGAGGACCAGUACACCGCUCUGCACUGGGCUGCUCAGAACGGGGACGAGGCCAUCACGCGCCUGCUGCUGGACCGCGGGGCAAACAUCAACGAGGCCGACGGUCAGGGACGCACGCCGGCUCACGUGGCCUGCCAGCACGGCCAGGAGAACGUGAUCCGCGUGCUGCUGAGCCGCGGCGCCGAUGUUCAAAUCAAAGGGAAGGACAACUGGACGGCGCUCCACCUGGCGGCCUGGCAGGGUCACCUGGGCAUCGUGAAGCUGCUCGUGAAGCAAGCAGGUGCAGACGUGGACGGGCAGACGACAGACGGACGCACGCCGCUACACCUAGCAUCCCAAAGGGGGCAGUACAGAGUGGCGAGGAUCCUGAUUGAACUAGGAGCAGAUAUCCACACGACGUCUGCCGGGUUAAACACACAGCUGCAUGUGGCGGCGGAGACGGGUCACACCAGCACCUCUCGCCUUCUGAUCAAACACAAGGCGGACAUCCACGCCCAGAACGCCAAGGGACUCACCCCUCUCCACCUGGCCUCCCAACGAGGUCACCUCGCCACCGUAAAGAUGUUAAUAGAAGAAGGAGCAGACCCCCAGAGAUCCAACCAGGCCCUCCGCACCCCUGGCCACCUGGCAGCGGAGAACGGACACUGUGAAGUCCUGAAAGAGCUGCUCCUCCACUGCCCAGAAGGUGGCGCUCUGUUAGACGAGCAGGGGCUCAGUCCGUUACACCUGGCUGUGCAGGGCGGAUACUCGAACAUCAUCACCAUGCUGCUGCCACAGGACUGCAAGGACUUAAUCACUGACAGCUCGGUGACACCAGCGGCUGAAGAGCCUGCAGAGCCGGAGGUCAAGCCGCUCCAGAGGAAAGUCGUCAUCCUCAAACUGACCGAGCACCACGACGACUGUCCACAACCAAGUGGAUCACAGUGUGCCACAGCACUCUGCUAACGAAAACAGAGACCCUGCGAGAACUAUCUUUUGUGCCAUUUUGAUACUCAUCUCUUCUCAGACCUUAAGAGACUCUUUUAGGACUUAAAUGGCCUUUCCUUCGAUGUAAAUAUGUACACUGUAAAUAGAAAGUAUAAAUACUCUGUUGUGUUUGAAUUCAGACUUUGUUUACUUUUUUACUUAACAAGCACCGUUUUUUUUUUUUUUUUUUUUACUCAACAAGCACACAAUUAUCAUGAGGACAGCUGAGACCUGUGGGGACUUCUUAGUACACUGAACUGCAGCUGGUUUUCCUGUAGGUUAUAUUUAAUAGAGCACAAACUUUGGUCAUCAGAGAAAAAAGUUUGACAUUCAGUGUUCUGUACCUGUUACAUAUCAGUGCUUCAUCAUCCAUUAAACCGUUUAAAACCUU